UUCUUGCAUCUGGCAGAACUUAUAAAUAUACCACAAUACUUAAAUAAAUUAGUGUGAUAUUUGUUGAAAAAUGAAGCUGUUCGGAUUUGUUGCUGUAGCAACUAUUCUAGGAUUGUCCUACGCAGAUGACAAUGGUUUCUACAACACGGGCGAUGACUACAUACCCAACGUAUACCCACCAAAUACGUACAAACCAGAUUCUUACAAUCCGAAACCUUAUGAACCAAAACAUUACCCAACGCCAGAUAAUACAUACUACCCGCCCACCGAUGACACUCUGUACCCAACCACUCCAACUUACUGCUCAAAUCCAGGAAGAAUUCCCCACGGAAGCCACAGUGGUGGAAAUCAACAAUCGUUUGCGGUUGGGAAGACCAUCACCUACAGAUGCAAAGCAGGUUACAAGCUGAGUGGGGCAAGAAUACGAACUUGUGAAUUGAAACCAGACUUUUUACAUGGACCUUUCUCUGCCUAUUGGAUGCCAGAAGCACCAACUUGCAGAAAGCCAUUUGUCACUUAUUGUCGAAAUAUUGAUAAACCCAAUCACGGACACUAUACUGGGGAAAAGGAAGCUUACGUAGCAGGAGACAUGGUCAAGUUUUAUUGUGAUGAAGGGUAUACGUUAGAGGGAUUUACUGUGCUUACUUGUGGAGGGAGCGCUUGGAACGACGUGGAACCAAAUUGUAUCUCUAUCAACCCUUGCGCAUAUGCGUCUUGCCCGAAAUAUUCAAAAUGUGUGAGAGAUGGAUAUGGAGGACAUAAAUGUGUAUGCUUAACCGGAUACACCGAUCAAUACGGACCCGGAUGCAAACCUGUUGACCCAUGCAUCGCUGCAACAUGUCCAAGAUACACAGAAUGCAAAUCAGAUGGUUAUGGAGGCCAUAAAUGCAUUUGCAUGAAAGGCUACACCAAUGAGUACGGAGGCGGCUGCAAACCAAUCGACCCAUGCUAUGGAAACAAAUGUCAUAAAUAUGCAAAAUGCUAUGCACGCGGUGAUUCAUACGAUUGCAAAUGUAUGGACGGUUAUAACGGAAAUGGAUAUGGAAAUUGCAGACAGGUUUUCCCUUGUGAUCGUAAACCAUGUCACGCAAAGGCAACGUGCGAAAAUUAUGGUAAACAUCAAUUCAAAUGCACAUGCAUCAAGGGAUACGAAGGUGACGGAAAGAAGGUUUGCAGAGAGAUUGACCCCUGCAGAAAUCAUGGAUGUGACACUUACGCUAAAUGCAUUCCACAAGGCUAUGACAGUUAUGCAUGUGAAUGUUUUGAUGGAUACAGAGGAGAUGGUUACAAUUGCAAAAAGGUUUUCCCUUGUGAUCGUAAACCAUGUCACGCAAAGGCAACGUGCGAAAAUUAUGGUAAACAUCAAUUCAAAUGCACAUGCAUCAAGGGAUACGAAGGUGACGGAAAGAAGGUUUGCAGAGAGAUUGACCCCUGCAGAAAUCAUGGAUGUGACACUUACGCUAAAUGCAUUCCACAAGGCUAUGACAGUUAUGCAUGUGAAUGUUUUGAUGGAUACAGAGGAGAUGGUUACAAUUGCAAAAAGGUUUUCCCUUGUGAUCGUAAACCAUGUCAUGCAAAGGCAACGUGCGAAAAUUAUGGUAAACAUCAAUUCAAAUGCACAUGUAUCAAGGGAUACGAAGGUGACGGAAAAAAGGUUUGCAGAGAGAUUGACCCCUGCAGAAAUCAUGGAUGUGACACUUACGCUAAAUGCAUUCCACAAGGCUAUGACAGUUAUGCAUGUGAAUGUUUUGAUGGAUACAGAGGAGAUGGUUACAAUUGCAAAAAGGUUUUUCCUUGUGAUCGUAAACCGUGUCACGCAAAGGCGACGUGCGAAAAUUUUGGUGAACAUCAAUUCAAAUGCACAUGCAUCAAGGGAUACGAAGGUGACGGAAAGAAGGUUUGCAGAGAGAUUGACCCCUGCAGAAAUCAUGGAUGUGACACUUAUGCUAAAUGCAUUCCACAAGGCUAUGACAGUUAUGCAUGUAAAUGUUUUGAUGGAUACAGUGGAGAUGGUUACAAAUGCAAAAAGAUUUUCCCCUGUGAUCGUAAACCGUGUCACCCAAUGGCAACAUGCGAAAAUUUUGGUGAACAUCAAUUCAAAUGCACAUGCAUCAAGGGAUACGAAGGUGACGGAAAGAAAAUUUGUAAAGAAAUCAACCCAUGCAAAAACCACGACUGUCACAACUAUGCUAAAUGCGUACCAGAAGGGUACAAGAGUUAUACAUGCCAAUGCAUCAACGGAUAUUAUGGAGACGGUUACAACUGCAAACUUCCUUGUGAUGACCAUACCUGCAGCCCACACGCACAAUGCAUUCCCACAGAAGGGGGCGAAUACAGAUGUGAAUGUACAGAUGGAUAUUACGGUUCUGGAUACGAAUGCAAACGACCAUGUGAUGAUCACAUGUGUGAUGUGAACGCUCAAUGCUUUCCAACCACAGAUGGCAACUAUGGUUGUGUAUGCUUUGAAGGUUAUACUGGUGAUGGUUUCAGCUGUAGAAAACUUUUCCCGUGUGAUCGUUAUCCAUGCCAUGCGAAUGCUUCUUGCACAAACGUCGACGAAACUCAUUUCACUUGUGAAUGCAAUAAGGGAUGGAAGGGAGACGGCAAGAUUUGUAUCAGAAAAUAUCCAUGUGAAACUCCCGGUCUUUGCCAUGAACAUGCAAUUUGCAAAGACUUAAAUUACACUCAUUACACCUGCACAUGCAAAGAUAAUUACCAAGGAAAUGGAAAAGACUGUAAAAUUAUCAAUCCUUGUUUCCUUGUGGACUGCAUGGAAAACUCCAAAUGUUUUGUUGAAAUGGGCGAAGCCGUUUGUAGAUGUGCUAAAACCUACAAACUAGUUGGUGACAUAUGUAUAAAAAUCAAGCCGUGUGAUCGAAAUCCAUGCGGCGAAUACGCUAAUUGCAUAAAUCAAGGAGACUAUGAUUACAAAUGCGAUUGCCAUCCCGGUGACUAUGUUCAUGACGGACCUAAUAAAUGCAGACAAUUGUUUCCAUGUGAACGCAGUGUUUGUGACCCCCACGCAACUUGUGAGGAUAGAAACGCAUAUGAAUACAAAUGUACAUGCAAAGAAGGGUAUUAUGGAACAGGGAAGCCAGGACACUGUAAAAGACGAAACCCAUGCGACAAAAAACCAUGCGGCAUACAUUCAACUUGCAAAAACAUAGGAUACGAUAACUACGAAUGUAAAUGCUACACUGGAUACGUCCAGGGUUUAAAUAACAGAUGCAGACAGGUUUUCCCGUGCGAGAAGAGCGUUUGCGACCCGUAUGCGACUUGUGAAGACAUCAGCCCCACGGAGUACAGAUGCACGUGUAAAUCCGGUUACAUUGGAUCUGGUAAACCAGGACAUUGUAAAGAACCAGCGCCACCAAAGCCAUCCUGUAAAGGCAGAUGCACCAACUUAGGAUUGUAUGGAUAUACCGAUGAAUGCAACUGCGACUCUUCGUGCGUGGACACCCGUAAUUGUUGCCAUGACUACCACAAAUAUUGUAAAUCUAUUAUCUACUAAAUGCUGAAGACAACAAGCAGCAUUAACAAGAAAAGUAUAUCUGGUUUUUCAAUAAAAAUGUAAUAAACGUAUAUUGUAUCAACAUAUUGUAUUCUGCCUGAUUCGAUUGAAAUAAAUGCAUACUCAUGAAAAA